AUGGUAAAAGUAACCCUUUACACUUUGCACUUCAGCCCUCCAUGUCGCGCCGUGGAAUUAACCGCCAAAGCUUUGGGCAUCGAGUUGGACCAAAAGGUGGUAAACUUGUUGGCAGGUGAACACUUGAAACCGGAUUUUUUAAAGCUUAAUCCUCAACAUACUGUUCCAGUGCUGGAUGACAAUGGAACGAUACUUUCCGAAAGUCAUGCCAUCAUGAUCUAUUUGGUUUCCAAAUACGGUAAAGAUGAUAGCUUGUACCCGAAAGAUCUCGUUCAGCAGGCGAAAGUGAAUGCCGCUCUCCAUUUUGAAUCGGGCGUAUUGUUUGCUCGUAUGAGAUUCUUGUUUGAAUCAAUUCUGUUCGGAGGCAGCGGAGAACUUCCUGUCGAAAAGACGGAAUAUAUUAAGAAAGCCUAUCAACUGCUAGAGGAUACUCUCGUUGAUGAUUACGUAGCUGGCAAAGCGUUAACCAUCGCUGAUUUCAGCUGUGUUUCUUCCUUUGCGUCAGUAAUUGGUGUUGUUCCGUUGGAUAAAACGAAACAUCCCAAAUGCUCUGCCUGGUUGGAACGUUUGAAACAAUUGCCCUAUUACGAGGAAGCCAAUGGUAGUGGUGCCGAUGGUCUGGCACAAGCCGUUCUUGCUACUGCAGAAAAGAAUUCCUCAAAGACUCAGUCUCCUCUAAGUAUGACGAAGCCAGUUUUGUACACCCUCCAUCUGAGCCCACCCUGUCGAGCGGUGCAUAUGACGGCUAAAGCACUUGGAGUCGAUUUGGAACAUCGAGUUGUUAAUCUUCUAGCGGGGGAACAUCUUAAGCCGGAAUUUAUCAAGAUCAAUCCGCAACAUACAAUUCCGGUGCUGGACGAUAAUGGAAUUAUUAUUUCGGAAAGUCACGCCAUCAUGAUCUAUUUGGUGUCGAAAUAUGGAAAGGAUGAUUCGCUCUAUCCCGGAGAUUUGGUCAUACAAGCAAAGGUUAACGCUGCUCUACACUUUGAGUCGGGUGUACUAUUCGCCCGUACAAGAUUUUUGUUCGAAACUAUCUUUUUCCAAGGCUGUAAGGAAAUUCCCGACGACAAAGCUGAACUUAUACAGAAGGCUUACCAACUGUUGGAGGAUACCUUGGUUGAUGACUACCUAGCUGGGGAUUCGCUAACAAUUGCCGAUUUCAGCUGCAUUGCAACUGUUGCUUCUGUGAUGGGAGUCAUCCCGAUGGAUGAAUCGCUGUAUCCGAAGAUCUAUGGCUGGGUAGAGCUUUUGAAGGAACUGCCGUACUACGAGGAAGCAAACGGCGCUAGUGCCACUGAACAUGCCCAGUUAGUGCUGGAAGUUCUGAAGAACAAUGCUAGUGCAUAAUUGCUAACAUGCUUGGUAGACAGCUAAAUUUUGAUGAUCAAGUAAUACAGAAAUUAUUAUUGAGAAAAGCUCAAUUUUGAUCAAAUGAUGCUUCAAAAAUGGUUUUAAUUAGAAAACAGAGAACGGUACAGUCAUUUAUAAACAUGUUAUCGAAGAAAAUACAUACAAUACA